CUCUGAAUUUCAUUUAAAGAGGAUAUCAAGAAAGGGAAUAAGCUUAUUUGAAGUGUGUAAUUCACUAAUUUCCCAAUAUUGGUGAUGAAGUUGCUUUCUUGGAAAAUCUAUCUAGUCAAGGUAUUAGACUGGCCACACAAAGGCGCUCCCAUACUCUCCCAAAGACCAAUGCCAUCACUUCUUCCGCAAAAAGACCAAUGCAAUCACCUUUCCCUCACAGAAAUAGGAAGUUGAUUUUUGACAUAGCGGAGACAAUGUUUCUUAUUCUGUUUUCGUUUUCACUUAAGCAUGGUCAUUACAGGUAUCUGUAUGCAACCAGGGCCAUCUUACCUCCAGCCAAAUGGGAUUGAAAUUUUCGAAGCAGGGGCCAGGGAAGGCUGGACGCGCAAGUUUACUCCAUGACCAGCUUUCACUGGUUAAAUAUCUCACCCAGAGCUCUUAUAUUCGCACUUGGGUAUCCAAGCAUUGGAGGAGGAUGCUUGUUGGUGGGUAUGAUCUUGACAUGUCAUAUAUUACAGAUCGUCUGUUAGCAAUGUCAUUCCCUUCAGAACGUGUGCGAGCAAUGUAUCGUAAUCCUCUAUGGCAGGUUAAAUCUGUGCUGGAUAUGAGGCACCAAGUGCAUUAUAAGAUCUUUAAUUUAUGCAUAGAAGAAUCUUAUGAUCCAUCACAUUUUCAUGGUCGUGUCGAGAGAUAUCCUUUUGAUGAUAACCACGUCCCUCCUCUUCAAAUCAUCAAACUUUUUUGUGAGAGCGUGCAUUCAUGGUUAUCACUUGACCCAAAAAAUAUUGCAGUUAUACAUUGCAUGGCAGGGAAAGGUCGUACAGGCUUGAUGGUGUGUGCCUACCUUGUUUACUCUGGUAUGUUGGCGGAGGAGGCACUCCAGUUAUAUGCACUUAAACGAACCACCAACAAUGAAGGGGUAUCAAUACCAAGUCAACGCCGUUAUGUGGGUUACUGGGCCAAUGUACUUGGUUUUCCCAGGUUAGUUGGUAAUGUCCCUCCUGAAGUGAACUUGCCUCCAGUAUGUAGCAGAGAAUUGCGGCGAAUUCGACUUUAUGACAUAGUUGAUACUGCCUCUGUCUUUUUCGUGGUAUCAGAGUUGCAAAAGAUUCCUGAUCACCUAUACCGUCCAUCAGUGGAAGUUUCCAAGGGUUGCUGCAGACCAAUUAAGAAAGGAUAUCAGAGAAAUAACAGCCCAAGAUACUAUAUCUCGUUUGUUGAAGAUGAUGGACAAGGGACAAAGUCAGCGCUAGAAGAACCACAUGUUGUAGUUCAAAUGGACACUGAGAGUCCCAUGCUUUACAAAAAGACCUGCCUUGACUAUUAUUUCGAUAAACCUAUACGGGUGACUGGAGAUGUGCGUGCCAUAUUCUAUGAGAAAAUGUUCGGAGGGCGUCUUUUCUAUUCCUGCUUCAAUACAGCUUUCAUAAAAAAUAGCUUACUGCAGUUAUCUCUUCGAGAUUUGGAUAAGGUUGGGAAUAAAGGUAGAGCAAUAUGUGGGUCUGAAUUCUGCUUGGAGUUGCUGUUUGGUCCUGCAAAUCCUAGCGGCUCACUGGUGCCUGAUGAUGAUAAUUCCAAUGAUGAGCUAUUCUGAAGUGUAAGUCAUUGUUAAAGAGAGAUA